AUGCACGGAGAGACAUGCACCGAGACGACGCCUCUCCGUCGAGACUUUGGCGAAGCAGGGAGGUCUUUUGAAGACUAUGGCGGGAAGGGCGACGCUUCUGUCUCUUCCCUAUCAACUCCAACCUCAUGGAUAUACGAGGUCAAGCUCAUCAUCAGGGAUGCCGCACCUCUUAUCGUGACCUUUUUCCUCCAAUACUCCAUUGAUGCAUCGAGCGUCAUUGCUGCUGGUCGACUCGGCACGACUGAGCUCGGGGCCGUUUCUCUGGCCAAUAUGUCAGCCACCAUCACCUGCUUUGGCGUCUACGUCGGCCUCGCCACCAGUCUCGAUACCCUCUGCGCCCAAGCCUAUGGAUCGGGCGAAAAGCACCUCGUGGGCAUCUACUGCCAACGCGUCACCUUCUUCCUCAUGUGUUUGGGGAUCCCCAUUGCAACCCUCUGGUACUUUUCCCUCGGAAUCCUCCUGCGUAUCUUCCCGGACCCCGAAGCGGCACGUCUCUGUGCGUUAUAUCUGAGAUGGCUGAUUCUUGCCAUUCCGGGCUAUGGUGUGUUUGAAGCCGGCRAGAGAUUUCUGCAAGCACAGGGACUAUUUCGAGCCACGACAUAUGUUCUACUGGUUGGCGCGCCGCUCCAUGCGCUGGUCAUGUGGAUACUCAUCUGGAAGCUGGAGUUGGGUUUCAUCGGGGCACCGAUUGCUGUUGCCAUCACCAGGACCGUGUUGCCCAGCCUGCUCGUACUGUAUGUCAUAUUUGUCGACGGUAAACAGUGUUGGGGAGGCUUCAGCCGGCGGGCGUUUAUGAACCUCGGAAGUAUGAUCGGGUUGGCGGUGCCUGGUAUGAUACUGAUCUUGGCCGAGUGGCUCGCGUUUGAACUCCUGACCAUCCUGUCAACGCGGAUGGGAACCAAGUUUCUGGCGGCGCAGAGUAUCAUGAUCACCCUCGUAUCGCUCUCAUAUGAAUUCCCCUUCCCGAUCUCCAUUGCUGCCUCAACUAGAGUGGCGAAUUUGAUUGGGGGAGGAAAGCCCGAUAAUGCCAAGGUGGCAGCGAAAGUGUCUAUACUCAUCUGCGGCGUGCCCAGCGCUCUGAGUUUCCUCCUCUACUCUACGCUGGGACGGUGGAUCCCUCGUAUCUUCACCCAAGACGAGGUGGUAGUGGAACUCGUGGCCAACACCCUACCGGUGGUGGGGCUGCUGGUAUUUCUGGAUGGAGUGGCAAGUGCCGCCCACGGAUUGUUGCGGGGUGUAGGGAAGCAGGCAAUCGGAGGACCGGUCAAUCUUGUCGCCUACUAUGCCCUUUCAUUACCCCUUUCCAUCGGACUCGCGUUUGGAUUGCACUGGGACCUAUCAGGUCUGUGGCUAGGAACUGCUAUUGGACAACUCGUUGUCGUUAUCAUUGAAUUCGCCUACUUGUCGUACUUGGACUGGGACAAAUGUGUUGACGAGGCCAAGUAUCGAAGUAGUCUAGGCUAA